AGUAGACUCGUCCGUUUUGCCCACAUGUUUUGAUUGUCAAAAAAGUGCUGGGCUGCAAUUUCCACCUGAGACCCGUUUGGAUUAUUUCUGGAUAUAGGACGUGAUUUACAGACAAUCAGCGCACAAUGCACGCAAGGGCAUUUUUGCUUGUGCUCUGUUGCUGUGUGGUAAAGGGGCAACAAGAAGAUUACUCUGUGCCUCAAGAACUAGAUCUGAUCCAGGCCAUUGGGAUCCCCUUAGAUGACUCUAUCACAUUUGUCAGUGGCUUUGAUGGCUACCCCGCCUUCCAGAUCAGCCAGCGUGCUGACAUCAGAAAACCUGCAGCACUCUAUAUGGAGCGCUUAUAUACAGACUUCUCAAUAUUAUUAACUAUAAAACCAAAUCAAUUUCAUACUUUCCAAGGCGGGUAUAUAUUUGGAGUUGUGAAUCCGCUAGAAAAUUUAAUACAGUUAGGAAUACAUAUAUCUAGUGCUCAUAAUGAUAAACAAACAAUAACAUUAUAUUAUACGGACUUCCGGACAUCCGAUAAGACCAACGAAGCAGCCAAAUUCUCAGUGCCAAAAUUUGUUGGGGAGUGGACUCGGAUAGCCUUUUCAGUCCAGGAUGAUAUAGUUACUAUGUUCUUUAAUUGUGACGAAUAUGGCUCUGUAACAUUUCCACGGCAACGAGGAACGUUGGAGUUUGAACCCGGAUCUACAUUAUUUAUUGCGCAGGGUGGGGAUAUCUUAGGAGGGAAAUACCAGGGGGCACUACAGGAGUUAAGAAUCUACAGGAACCCAGCUGAAGCAUUGGAGCAAUGUGAAGAGGGACAUGGGGAGAUAUCACCACCAGAUGGCGGUGGUGACGGAGAAGGCUUCACUGAUUUUGGAACCGACAAAAAUGAUUUUGAAAUCGAGUUUGGUGGUCAAGGUCAGAAAGGUGAUAAGGGCGAUCGUGGUGCCCCAGGGCCUCCAGGAGCCGGAGGAACUGGGUACCCACCUAUAGGAGCGCCACCUAUCAAGGGAGAUCAGGGGGAACAGGGGCAUAAAGGAGCAAAGGGAGAACCGGGUGAGGUUGUACAAGGUGGCGUGAGUUAUGGACAGAAGGGUGACAAAGGAGAGAUGGGAGAUAUUGGACCAUUGGGGCUACCAGGAACAGAUGGUUUGCCUGGACCACCAGGACCUCCUGGUGAAUUCAUUGUGGGUCCAAGAGGCUAUGAAGGACCCGCUGGACCCCCUGGUCCACCUGGGGAAGCAUUAGAGAUCUCAGGGGAUGGCGAGGGCCCAGGGAGGGAAGGACCACCUGGACCACCAGGACCUAUAGGACCAAUAGGCCGACCUGGCAUUCCUGGUAGACCAGGAGAGCCUGGACAACCAGGUCCACCAGGACAACCUGGAAUACCAGGCACAGGAGGAUCUGGCACUGAACAGAGAGGGAUCAUUGGACCACCAGGUAUUGAUGGACAGCCAGGACGUGAUGGAAUCCCAGGAGCACCUGGAAGGCCAGGAGAACCCGGGGAUGUUGGGCGACCAGGUACUCCAGGACCGAGUGGACGAGAUGGGGCUAAAGGAGACAAAGGAGAAGGAGGCAGCCAGGGUGAGAGAGGUUACCCCGGAGAUAGGGGGUUACCUGGCUCCAUUGGACCUAGAGGCUAUGCUGGACCCCCAGGCCCUCCUGGAUCACCUGGUAUAGGGGGAGAGCGUGUUGGUUCUGGCAAUGGAGAAGAUGGUGGCUUUAUAGGGGGUGGUGUAGGUCUGCCAGGACCCAGGGGCCCAAGAGGCCUCCCAGGAGCUCCAGGUCGACCAGGACCCAGUGGAGAUCACGGUCACCCUGGGGAGAAGGGUCUAAAGGGUGACAUGGGACAGAGAGGAGAGAGGGGAUACCAAGGAGCUGAGGGAGCACAAGGUUUUAAGGGAGAUAGAGGGGACCAAGGCAUUCAAGGUCUUAGUGGAACUCCUGGUUACCCUGGCAACCCUGGAGUAAAUGGAGAAAAGGGAGAUAAAGGAGACAGCGGUGUGGCCUUACCUGGCCUCCCUGGGCCCCCAGGAUUACCAGGACAACCUGGGUCCCCUGGGGUACUGACAGACUCUGACGGAAAUAUCAUAAGUGGCGUUUCAGGCUCCCAGGGUGAACCUGGACUACCAGGGCAACCAGGGUCACCAGGCAUUGAUGGCUCACCAGGUAGUCGUGGUCAGCCUGGUGCAGCAGGAACCCCCGGACAACCUGGAACACCAGGUGAGCCAGGAAGACCAGGAAAAGAUGGUCAACCUGGGCUCCCAGGACCACCAGGUAGGGUGACAAGUGUCGGCCCUGAUGGAGCACUCGGACCUGAUGCAUUCGUCAAGGGUGAGAAGGGAUCACCAGGGGAGGCUGGAGGCUGUAAGAUGUGUGUAGGCUUCAAGGGGGACAAGGGAAAACGUGGAAGGCGAGGCAGACCUGGGUCUCCUGGUCCUGCUGGUCCAAUAGGACCCUUAGGACCCAUGGGAGAGAUUGGCAUGCCAGGAUUCCCUGGCCGAGCAGGACCACGUGGCCUGAAGGGGGAGCCAGGUGUUGGCUCUGGAGGGGCUGGACGCAAGGGAGAACAAGGACCCCCUGGACCACCAGGACCCCCUGGGUCCGAGUCCCGAUGUGCUAACACAAUAGAUGGAGCUGGGGGAGGUUGCAGCAAUGGCCAACCCGGACCAGCUGGACCCCAGGGUCCUAAAGGUGAUGAAGGACCCCGUGGUUUCCCAGGACACCCUGGUAUACCAGGGCAGGUUGGAAUACCAGGCUUAGAUGGACCCGCAGGGCCUCGAGGAGAAACCGGUUUCAAGGGAGAGCGUGGUUACCCAGGACUGGAUGGUCAGAAAGGAGAACCUGGAGAGAUAAUAGGGGCUGGCGGUGUCAGCACAGUACCUGGCCCUAUGGGACCUCCUGGACCCCCUGGCCAGCCAGGUCAGGGUAGGACUGGACCACAGGGACCUUCUGGUGCUCCUGGCAGAGGCUACCCAGGACCUCCUGGACCCCCAGGAAUAUGCCCCAGAGACUGCAGACCCUCAAACAUACAUGGAGGAGGUGGUCGCCCAGGACCCCCAGGUCCACCUGGCCCCCCUGGUAUUCCUGGAGACACUAUAGAGGGAGGCACCGACAGUAGUAUUGAUACAAGAUUCACGGCGGUAACAUUUGCCAAUCAGAAUGAUCUCCUGUCAGUCUCACAUACCACACCAGAGGGCACUAUUGCUUAUGUCAUUGACCAACAGGCACUUUUUGUCCGCAUCUCUAAUGGUUGGAGGUACAUACAGAUGGGACCAAUCUUGCCCCUACCUCGUACAACUCCAAUUCCCCCUAGUCCCACUCCUAUAGAGGUGUUCCCACCAGAGGGCACUAACGUAGUCAAUGGACCAGCAUUACAUUUGAUAGCAUUAAAGAACCCAAUGUCAGGCUCCAUGCGUGGAGUAAGAGGCGUGGACCAUCUGUGUCAUAAACAGGCUCGUGAAGCUAAAAUGAAGGGAACUUUCCGAGCGUUCCUCUCAUCCCGAGUCCAGAAUCUCGACUCUCUAGUUGUAUAUGACAAUGAUAAAACACUACCUGUUGUAAACUCUAAAGGCCAAAAAUUAUUUAAUUCCUGGCAAGAAAUCUUCGCAGGAAGAGGUGCUAGAUAUAAUGAAAAUGUAUCAUUAUAUUCCUUUGAUGGUAAAGAUGUCAUGUACGACCAGAGAUGGCCUCAGAAGAUAGUGUGGCAUGGGUCUGAUAUGGGAGGUAGUAGAAACUCUAAAGCCUAUUGUGAGGCAUGGGGCUCAUCUAAGAACCAACAUGUAGGCAUGGCCAGUAGCCUACAAAAACACAUGCUGCUUGAUCAGACAGAAAUGAGCUGUAGCAACUCAUUCAUUGUACUCUGUGUCGAGAUUACUAGUCGUCGUACUGUCAAGAAGAAAUAAAAUGGCGCUCAAGAGAAUUACCACCCUGGCUAAUGUUUCAUGUUGCUCGGAAUAUCUUCUAGACGCAUUUCGAAUAAAAUAAAUUCGAAAAGUUUCAUUUAUAGUUUUUGGAACUAAAAUUGUUUUUGUCUUGGACAUCCCCUGUAUGUCCUUGGUAUUCUUCAUUUAUUUACCAUUGCUAGUCUCUGGAUUGGGGGAAUAAUGUUUUGGACUUCAUAAAGCAUUUCCUGGGGCUGGAAAUUGACAUAAUAUCUGAUAUAUGUACUAAAAAUCUGAAUUUGCUCUAAGAUUUUAUUAUACGUGCCGACAUAAUGUUGAACCUCCAGUACAUGGUAAACAUAUAUAUUAUGUUUAAUUUAAUCGUACAUGUAAAGUUUUAUCUCAAUUCACUUGCAUAUAUAAGAAAAAUACUAUGCACGAAUAUUUUAAAACAAAAUAUUUUACAGAGCAUUUUAUCAUCUUCAUAAGUGUACAUUUAUAUGGAAUGUAUAUAAUUGUGCAGUAUGAGUUUUGUUACAUGUAUUACGUAUGUACAUGUUAUUUUACGAAUGCAGUUUGGAAGCAUUUUCAGUGCUAUUUUAGUAUGAAAAUAUACAUUUUCAAUUGCAGAUAUUUAGCAUUGCCAGAGAGAUUUUCGUAAUGGCAUGGCAACGCAUAUCAAAUCUCAGAUUUAUUCUCUUUGUGUAUUUAUAUGAAUUUAGGGAUUUAAUAUGCCAAACGGCCAUUUGUCAAUGCAAUUGGAGUUUUAUGUGGAAUGGAUUUCCUCGAUGGGUGUUCCAUUGCGAUAAUUAUAGGUAGUUUUAGUGCAUGUUAGCUACAGUUGUAGAGUAUUAAAAAACUUAAUGGUGCUACUUCAUUAUAUUCAUCCAUUCUUCGUUCAAUCUUAGCAAUAAUUCUUCAUUUGGUCAUGGGUGUCAUGUGACCAACAAGCAGGGAUCCCAUUGGUCAAUCCAUGUCAUGUGAUAGAUAUUUCAUUUCCAUAAUAUACCAGUAUUUAUAGUCUAUAGGUAUUGGAAUUUGAAGUGCCUUUUAUAUUUUAUUAUGAAUAUUACCAUAACUGAAGAAUGAUAUAUGCAUUUAUGGUUAAAGGUCUAAAACCUUUUAGUUAGAAAACUUAGUUGAUUAAUAUAAAAGUAGACUUCAUUUGCUACUGAAACCUAUGAUUUAGAAAAUGAAAUAAUUGAAAUGGCAAGUGUAGAUUGGGAAGGAAUCUUGUACAUAAAUAGUGAGAUAGUUCUAGGGUUAGAAGCCCGUUGUUGGAAACAAGGCUAAAUAAAGCCUUAUUAAGGAUAGUGCCAAAUACUAAACAAAUGAUUUAAAGACAAUCAACUAGAUGUAGGGUGUUUAUGUGAAUAAUAAAUUCAAAAUGGUUGACACUAAUUUCAAUGUUAAAACAAUCAGUGUAUUACAUGUACUGUGCAUGUUGUAUUUGUAUGGUUUUCUAGAGCAGGGUAUUAUACUCCUAUUUUUAAUGGGUAAAUAUAAAAUGGAGUAUUUCCAUGCCUCCCCUAUUUCGACAUUUGUAUUUAAUGUCUGGGACGCGUUAUACCCUUCUCUGAAAAACCCAUGGGAUUUGAAAGUAUGAAAUGAAUGUUGUCACGAUUAAUAGUCUAUUAAUAUAUUGUAGUUAAGAAAAAUGAAUUUGAGAUUAUUAGGUGAAUUUGCCAUGACAAAAUCAAAUUAGUGAUCUCUGACGCUCUCAGCUAUGAAACCAGUUCAAGUUUGGUCUCACGAAAAGAGGGUUCAGGAACCAUAUAGAUGGCACCACCCAACUGGGUUGUACUUUUAGUUGUAUUCAAAUAGCAUGCGCUGUCAGAAAUUCUAAAUAUGGCAAAAUAAUCUUUCUCUGAAUAAUUUUUUUUUGUUUGAAAAAAGAUUUAUUUGAUUUCAAUUGAUAAAGAUUUUCGUUCCUAAAAUGAAUUCAUUCUCUUUCAUAUUCUUACUGAACACAAUUCAUUCAGCCAGUAUUUUCAGAUAUUUGUUGAUUGAAUUAGACUUCUUGGCAGAAUUAUGUUCAAUUUGAAGUUAGUUACUUUUAAACUGAAGGGCAUCAUGCAAUUGGAUUAAAGGUCUUAUUCAUAUAAGGACACCUGCACCAAUUAUUACCAAAUAAGGAAAGGUGGAAGUGGAAUACACAGAUUUCUAAUUUUGGCAUAUACCAAAAGCCACUAUUUAACCAAAAUGAUAGGAAUUCAAAGUGAAGAAACAUUUGACCUCUGGAAAAAAUCCACUCUCCAAAUAUGAAUAAGACCUCCAUGUGUAUAUACAUUUUCAAGUGAAGUGAAUUUAUGAAUUUAUAUAGAUUUUACUGUCUGUUGCAUAUGGUACUACAUACGUAUUGCUACACUCGAUACUAAAUAAUAUAGUUCACUGAGUCUUGUGCACAGGUCAUGGAAAUCCUGGCUAAUUAGGCCUCAAAGCCUAUAUAAUUGAAUAGAGCAUUGCCUCAAUUUGAGCUUUUUCUUGGGUCCAUGCAUAAGACUGGUUUUAUUAAGCAUCAAUCAUAGGGGACAUUCUGCAUAAUCUAAUAUAUUUUUAAGCGAUUCAAUUCAACUAAGUUAUGUCACUUGAAAAUUAUAAAUACUAUUUUAUUUCAUUUCACUUACUCAUUGCUUAUAUCAUUUAGAUAUUAGUCUAAAAAGUUGUCAUUUUUAAAAAUGAUUAUUUCCGACUUCUAUUUACAUAUGAAACAUGUACAGAUUAUUGUCAUAUUGUAUUCAUAUGUCUUGUAUAAGUAUGUAACAAUUUAUUAUAUGUACAGAUAUCAUUUAUCAUAUUAUUAUGACAUAUUUGUAACAAAAUUAUAAUAUAUUACAAAAA